UCCGAGCAUUAUAUACUGUCUGGUCGGAGACGAUUUGUCCAUGUGAAAAACUGUCAGUAACGUCACCUCGAAGAAUAUCAACCAUGUCGGCUGCUUUUUACGUCUGCCUUGUCUUUUGGUGCCUCCAAACCAACGCUGGUCCGACUCCGGCAGUGGUCUCUGUGUCUAGAAAAGUGAAUCUGCAGUAUACCGUCGCAGCAGAGCUGGCCCCACCGGAGAACCUGACCCUGAUCACCCUGAACACCAACUACACCCUGAGCUGGGAUUGGGACCAGAGUUUUGCAGAGGGACACGCUGUCAACUUCACCACACAAUAUGUGGCGAAGUUCAAGCUAAAGUCUAAGAGAAAGAGUCCAGUGUGGGAAACGGCAUGUGAGAAGACGUCACAUAGGUCAUGUGACCUUACAAAGUUCAACCUGUACUACCUGGGCAUUUACGUGCUUCGUGUACAAGCCAGUGUGAACGGGCGUGUCUCCGACUGGAUGAUGAAGGAAUUCUGCCCUGAUAAAGAUGCUGCUGUGGGUCCUCCAUCCAGAGUGGAUCUUUCUCCUGCUGGAAGUGGCCUGGACAUUAUCAUCUCUGACCCUCUGACCAGCACCAACAGCUCCAUGAAGGACCAUAUCCCAGACCUGAACUACCACAUCCUCUACUGGGAACGCUCCGUAGACCCACAGGCCUUAGAACCCCAGACGUUGGCUAGCAAGGCCACCGUGGUGACUCUGUCGGACCUGAAGGCCUGGACCUGGUACUGUGUGAGCGUCCAGUCACACUACGACUUCUUCAACAAGAAGAGCAGCUUCACCUCACCCCACUGCAUGCAGACCGAAGGUGCCAUUCCGUGGUGGCAGAUCUUGGGCUACUUCCUGCUCUCUCUGGUGAUCUGCUUCUUGUUGGUGCUAGUCAUAAUCUGCAGCUCCUUUUGGUUCUUCAAGACUGUUAAGGCGACGUUUUACCCCUCCAACCAGCUGCCGCCACACUUCCAGUAUCUUUGUGACUCAUCUGAGUCUGACAUUCCUUGCCUCCUCACCCCGGAUUCCAACUCGGAGCUGUUGUGUGAUAAGGUGACCGUCUGUCCAAAACCACCGGUCCUGGAAAUCCACAUCCCUCCCCCUGAGGCCCUGCCGGUGCCCCCGUCAGACAGCAGUGGCAGACACAGUCGCCAGGGCAGCGGCGGCAGCGGAGACUCAGGAGUGUACUCCACAGGGUGCAGCUCGGGCCUGAGGCAGCCCGACAGCAUUCAGUCGUCCUCGGGGGACGAAGACUCCGGGCAGGGUUUCCUUGACUUGGAGCAGGUGAAGAUGAAGGACAUGGCUCCAGGGCUCAAGACUCGACUUCUGAUCACCGACGAGGGCGUUGUUGACAUGUGUGUAUGAAGGCAAGGCACGCACACGAAAAAGACGUUUGUUGAGAAGAGCAUGACGCGAGGAUGAGGAAGGAUAGGGGUAGAGGUUUGUGGAAAAUGUGCAGUGUGCCUUUUCUCCAGCUGUCACUGUGAAAUGAGAGGAAACCGUUAUUUAAAAAUAAGAAGAAAAGUGUGGAAAAAGAAGAUAAUGUGUGACCGACUCACACGGGAACAAAACAAUGUGCUGUGAUGUUUCCAACUGCCAAGGAGGAUACAUGCGGUUUUCACGGUCUUACAGAUGCAGGUCCUCAUGUCGCCUACGGUUCCUUCCUGAUUUUAAUGUUGUACAUUUCCUUUCCCUCAUCUCCAACAGCCACAGUCUUAGCCUUCAUGCUGUGAAUGGUUGAAAGGUCCCUCUAAUCUGACUAAAUGUGGGUGAGAGGACAAGCUAAAUUUAUACUUCUGCUGCUGUGCGUCUAUGUGGGCUGAUGCAUGUUGGGACCACAACUGUCCUGAAAUCCCACCUUCCGGCUCUGAUGUCCAAUCAAACUUCUGCGGCAUCUUUGGUGUCCCAUGUUGAGACGAGCCUCUCUCUGGGAGCUGUGGGGCCAACCAUCUCUGCAGCUCUGCAGAAAGAUGGUUUGCAUAGUAUAAAUUAGACAUUGCGUAUCUAUGAGUGUAUAUAUGAAGCCUAGUCUGCAUUAAUAAUGAUUUUCAGAGUCAAAUCAUGGUUUUACUGUCAUUGUGCUUUAAUGGGUUCACAUAAGUAGCCUAAAGGUGCUAAUUAGGUAGCAUUAAAUAUAGGGCUUGACGAUUAAUCGAAAAUGUAUUGACAUCGAACUUCUGAUGCUGUACCAGUCAGCCGCAUGGAAAGCUUCAUGGAGGAUAACUCAAACACCGAGUCCCAGUCAACUGAGCAACUUGUGCCCAAAAAACUGCAGUGUCCGUCGUCUGGGAACAGUUUGGCUUCAGAAAGAGAUGAUUUAACACAACGUGAUUAAUUAUCAAUCAUUUAUCGUUAUCGAGGUAGAAUGUGCCAUUAAUCAUGAUUUGGAUUUUAGGUCAUAUCGUGCAGCCCUUAUUAAAUAAACAUAAGCAGAUGAAGUCAAAUGAAGUGACUACAGAAGGUACGACUGACACCAACAGUGGACGUGGAUGCAAGUCGUUGCAAGAUGUGGGAGGCUUUGAAUGAAGUCUGCCUCUUGUCCGUUUUGCACCUACAGGAGAGUGCAGUGAUUUCUU